CGUUUCUUUAUUUUCAAUACAAUAAAAAUACUACGUAAAUAAAUAAGUCCUAAAAUAUUCCUACUCUUUUCUCACUCAUCAUUUUUGUCAUUUUAUAAACCACAAAAAAAAAAAAAAAAAAAAAAAAAACUCAUACUAGUACUUGUUUAGCAGGUCUACUUGUUUCUUUCUCGCUUUCCCUAAUUCGCUCUUCCAAUUCAAAACCCUCGGUCUCGGAGCAGUCAAAAAGUACCGAGCCUUUCUUCAAUGGCGAAACCCUCCAAACAGCGCUCUUCCUCUUACGAUGCUUCCAAUUCGUCGGAAGAAGAACAAGUUAACGACCAGAUCGAUGAAGAUGACGAUGAAGAGCUCGAGGCUGUUGCCAGACCCGUCGAUUCCGACGAAGAUGAACCCGAGGAUGACGUUCCCGCCGCCGACGAUGAGGAAUUUGAGGAUGUAAACGCUGGUAAUACCGAACUUUCGAAGCGCGAAAGGGCGAGGUUGAAAGAAAUGCAGAAGUUAAAGAAGCAGAAGAUCCAGGAAAUUUUGGACAAACAGAAUGCUGCUGUUGAUGCUGAUAUGAAUAACAAAGGCAAGGGGCGGUUGAAGUAUCUUCUACAGCAAACGGAGAUAUUUGCCCAUUUUGCCAAGGGUGAACAUUCUGCCUCCCAGAAGGUUAAGGGAAGGGGUCGCCAUGCAUCUAAAGUUACUGAAGAAGAGGAAGAUGAGGAGUAUCUUAAGGAGGAAGAAACUGGACCUUCCAAUACAAGGCUGGUCACUCAGCCUUCAUGUAUUCAAGGGAAGAUGAGGGACUACCAGCUUGCUGGAUUGAAUUGGCUCAUCCGUCUGUAUGAAAAUGGUAUAAAUGGAAUCCUUGCUGAUGAAAUGGGUCUUGGUAAAACCUUACAAACUAUCUCCUUGUUGGGCUAUCUUCAUGAAUUCAGAGGAAUUACUGGGCCUCACAUGGUUGUUGCUCCGAAAUCAACCCUUGGAAACUGGAUGAAUGAAAUAAAACGAUUUUGUCCAAUUUUGCGUGCUGUGAAAUUUCUUGGAAAUCCUGAUGAAAGGAGACAUAUACGUGAGGAUUUGUUGGUUGCUGGAAAGUUUGACGUCUGUGUCACUAGUUUUGAAAUGGCAAUUAAAGAGAAGACCACUUUACGCCGAUUUAGUUGGCGAUAUAUUAUCAUUGAUGAAGCACAUCGAAUCAAAAAUGAAAAUUCUUUGCUUUCAAAAACAAUGAGACUCUUUAGUACUAAUUAUCGUUUACUCAUCACUGGAACUCCACUUCAGAACAAUCUCCAUGAAUUGUGGUCACUUCUCAACUUCUUAUUGCCAGAGAUUUUUAGCUCCGCAGAAACAUUUGACGAGUGGUUUCAGAUUUCCGGGGAGAAUGAUCAGCAGGAGGUCGUUCAACAACUCCAUAAGGUUCUCCGGCCCUUUCUUCUUCGGAGGCUGAAGUCAGAUGUUGAGAAAGGUUUACCUCCAAAAAAGGAAACGAUUCUUAAAGUGGGCAUGUCUCAAAUGCAAAAACAGUACUACAGAGCAUUGCUGCAGAAGGAUCUUGAAGUUGUUAAUGCUGGUGGAGAGCGCAAACGGCUUCUUAACAUUGCAAUGCAGCUACGUAAAUGCUGUAAUCACCCAUAUUUAUUCCAAGGUGCCGAACCUGGUCCUCCAUACACCACAGGAGAUCAUUUGGUUACCAAUGCUGGCAAAAUGGUAUUGCUUGAUAAGUUGCUUCCAAAGCUGAAGGAGCGUGGCUCUAGGGUUUUAAUAUUUUCACAGAUGACAAGGCUACUGGACAUUUUAGAAGACUAUCUCAUGUAUCGUGGACACCAAUAUUGUCGGAUUGAUGGUAAUACCGGUGGAGAUGAUCGAGAUGCUUCCAUUGAAGCUUUUAACAAGCCAGGAAGUGAAAAGUUCGUUUUCUUACUCUCAACACGGGCUGGAGGUCUUGGUAUCAAUCUUGCUACCGCAGAUAUAGUCAUUCUGUAUGACAGUGACUGGAAUCCACAAGUUGAUUUGCAAGCACAGGAUAGAGCUCAUAGGAUUGGUCAAAAGAAAGAGGUUCAAGUGUUUCGUUUUUGCACAGAGUAUACCAUUGAGGAAAAAGUCAUUGAAAGAGCUUAUAAGAAACUUGCGCUUGAUGCUUUGGUUAUUCAACAAGGACGACUAGCUGAGCAAAAAACUGUUAACAAGGAUGAGCUGCUCCAAAUGGUGAGAUUUGGUGCUGAAAUGGUUUUUAGCUCUGGGGACAGCACAAUUACAGAUGAAGAUAUAGACCGAAUUAUUGCGAAGGGAGAAGAGGCAACUGCUGAGCUGGAUGCAAAAAUGAAAAAAUUCACAGAGGAUGCCAUUAAAUUUAAGAUGGACGACACGGCUGAUCUAUAUGAUUUUGAGGAUGAGAAGGAUGAAACCAAGGUGGACUUCAAGAAACUCGUGAGUGAUAACUGGAUUGAACCACCAAAACGAGAGAGAAAGCGGAACUAUUCAGAAUCAGAAUAUUUUAAGCAAACUAUGCGCCAAAGUGGUCCUGCUAGGCCUAAGGAGCCUCGUAUACCUCGCAUGCCUCAGUUGCAUGACUUCCAGUUUUUCAACACUCAGAGGCUUAAUGAACUCUAUGAGAAGGAAGUGCGCCAUCAAAUGCAAGCACAUCAAAAAAAUCAGAUAAAAGAUUCCAUAGAAGUGGAUGAGCCAGAUGAAAUGACGGAUCCCCCCCUGACUGCUGAAGAACAAGAAGAAAAGGAGCGUUUGUUGGAAGAGGGCUUCUCUACAUGGGCUAGAAGAGAUUUUAAUACUUUCAUAAGGGCUUGUGAGAAGUAUGGUAGGACUGACAUAAAAAGCAUUGCUGCGGAGAUGGAAGGGAAAACAUUCGAGGAAGUUGAAAGAUAUGCUAAAGUUUUCAAAGAGAGAUAUAAGGAGUUAAAUGAUUAUGACAGGAUCAUUAAGAAUAUUGAACGGGGGGAAGCUAGAAUAUCCAGGAAAGAUGAGAUUAUGAAAGCAAUUGGGAAGAAGCUGGAUCGCUACAAGAAUCCAUGGUUGGAACUGAAGAUCCAGUAUGGUCAGAACAAAGGGAAGCUGUACAAUGAAGAAUGUGAUCGCUUCAUGAUUUGCAUGGUUCACAAACUCGGAUAUGGGAAUUGGGAUGAAUUGAAGGCUGCUUUCCGAACAUCUCCAUUGUUCCGGUUUGAUUGGUUUGUUAAAUCCCGCACCACUCAAGAACUUGCUAGGAGAUGCGACACCCUAAUUCGUCUGGUUGAGAGAGAGAACCAGGAGUAUGAUGAGAGGGAGAGGCAAGCACGUAAAGAGAAAAAGCUUGCGAAGACUGCUACACCCUCUAAACGAGGUACAGCUCGUCAGCAAGCUGAAAGCCCCACAUCUUCCUUGAAGAAAAGGAAACAGCUAACAAUGGAUGAUUAUGCUGCUGCGGCUGGGAAGAGGAGAAAAUAGUGGCAUUUUUUUAACCGUGCAAAGCCUAUGUUUUGCCACCAAUUAUUUUGGCUAUUGUCUUGUCAGAGCACAUUAUAUUUGCUCUGGCUCUGAUGUAGUAAUGAAGCUACCCUUUUUUAGGUUGGUUUUGUAGCUUAGGGGGUGGUUCUUUCUUUAGGGCUUAUGGUUACAUUGUAUAGUUAAUAGUUUUGAGAAACCGUCCUUGAUGUAACGCUUAAGUGAUGAAAUGUUUAUCAGAUUUCUUUUACUAAAGUUCUAACUGCAUUAAAUUUC